AUGGAUUCUCUAAUUGCAGAAGCUGCAGCGUUUGGUGAGGAUGGCAAUGAGAACUCAACCAUCAUCACAGUUUACCCACAAGUGCUUAUAAUAGCAGAUUCUCUUGGUCCCAAACGUCAGUUUUUAAAGUCAAGAGGAGCUUCAGUCUUUGAGCUCGCUGAGGUUCUCUCAAAAGUUCCUAAGAUAUUGGGAUCCAAAAAGACAAAGCUUUGA